CACCUAAAAUAUAGAAACCUGUUUGUUCAGUUGGUUUAACACCACCGACACCAUAAUUUGAGUGCAAGAGUCCAUAAGAGUCUUCAAAUCCAAAUCUCCUUACUGCAACAGCUAAAUCCCAGCUCAAAUUUGGAACCUUUUGUAAAAUACCCAGAUAGAUCUUGAGAUCUCUUCUAUGGCGAAGCACACGGCGGCGUUGAAAUUGGGACUGGCUUUACUGGCGCUGAGCAUGAUUGGUUACAUACUUGGUCCGCCGCUCUACUGGCACCUCACGGAGGCUUUGGCUGUUUCAACCACUUCAUGCUCUGCUUGCGUCUGUGAUUGCUCUUCUCUGCCUCUUCUCACCAUCCCCACAGGACUCAGCAAUGGUUCAUUCGCUGAUUGUGCAAAGCGUGACCCAGAGGUGAACGAAGACACAGAGAAGAACUAUGCCGAACUCUUAACAGAGGAACUGAAGCAACGUGAAGCAGCAUCAAUGGAGAAACACAAACGAGUGGACACAGGUCUGCUAGAGGCCAAGAAGAUAACAUCAUCUUACCAAAAGGAGGCAGAUAAGUGCAACUCAGGUAUGGAGACUUGUGAAGAAGCAAGAGAGAAGGCUGAAAAAGCACUUGUGGAGCAGAAGAAGCUGACUUCAAUGUGGGAACUUAGAGCUCGUCAGAAAGGUUACAGAGAUGGAGCCAAGUCGACUGUUAAAUCCAAAAGCAGCGUUCAGGUUUCUUAAGGACACACCUAAGCUUUUGUAUUCUUAUCACACAAAAGAGAGCUCGAGGUUCAGUGUAACUGUGAAUUUGAUUUAUAAUAUUGUAUUUUAGUCCUCUGAUGGAGAUAAAUCAUUCAGAUGGAAUGGAAACAUUGUACCAAAACAACAAAGGAUUAAUGGAUUUUGAACAAACUUA